UAAACCCCAGAUAAUAAUAAUAACCAAUCCCUACAACCAUCCACACACCAUGCCCGACCACCACGAGGACGAUCUGGCGGCCAGCAGAACCGAGGGGUUCAAGGUCGGAGAGAAGAAGUCCCUGGCUGAGUAUGCCGAGCUUGACAAGAACGACGAAUCCCUCAACCGCUGGAAAGCCUCCCUGGGCCUCAACACCGGCGAACCCAUCGGCGACCCCAACGACCCCAGAAAGUGCAUCAUCAAGUCCCUAGCCCUGGAGGUCGAAGGACGCCAGGAUGUGCUCAUCGACGUGUCCGCCCCGGGAGCCCUCGAGUCCCUCAAGGAUAAGCCCUUCACGAUCAAGGAGGGCGCCACCUUCCGCAUCAAGGUCGUCUUCGCCGUACACCACGAGGUCCUGAGUGGUUUGAAAUACCUGCAGGUGGUCAAGCGCAGAGGUGUCCGCGUCAGCAAGGACGAGGAGAUGCUGGGAAGCUUUGCCCCCAGCACCACCGGCAAGCCGACAUACGAGAAGAAAUUCAACCCCGAAGAAGCUCCCUCCGGCAUGCUGGCCCGCGGCCACUACAACGCCGUGUCCAAGUUCCUCGACGACGACAACAACACCCACCUCCUGUUCGAGUGGUCGUUCGACAUUGCCAAAGAUUGGUAAAUCUACAUUGAAAAUUCACAUUUCGAAUUUUUAGGCAGGGGUCGCGGUUGAAAGCCAUGACGGCCGGUAAUCGUAUCAUGAACAGCAUGUUUGUUUUCGACAUUUACAAGCGUUGGGCGAGUUUCACUGCUGAAGAUUAUUAUUUUCUUUCCUUUUCUUUUCUUCUCUUUUUCACUCCAAUUUCCAUAAACCUACCUAACCUACUAAACCACCUUUGUAUACUUCAUUGGUUGGUCCAUAUCUAGAUCAAUGAUCGUAACCCUCUAACCCUUGCGUCGAGAAUUUAGAAAAAAUAAAAUAAAAUAAAAAUAAUAAAAUGAAAG